UAUAAUCAUGAUUGUUCUCUCUCUCUUCCUCUAUAGUACCAACCCAUGAGCCUUGUCCAGUACACCCAGAUAAAUAUGUAGGCUUAUUCUCCUUACAAUGGAAACUAUGCAAAGCCAAAUCUCACUUUCCAUAUGAUUAUCCAAAAUGAAAAACCUUCUCCUAUCAUAAUCAAUUUCUUUCAAACCACUUCCUUUAUCUUCUAGAUUCUCCUAUAGUCCUUAAUUAGUAACUAGUUCCUUUCCUCUUAAAAUUUAAUACCUUAUGCAACAAGGUGUUUUGAGUAAGCAACUUCACUAUAUCCUACAAGAACAUAGCUAUACCUCUUGUGCUUUUUUGUUGUGAAACAAGAAAACUAGGGUUUUUCACCAUUUGAGUAAAUUAUUAUUGCUUCAAAAUUAAUCAAUCUUCAAAUGUUUCCUUCUACUUAUUGCUCUUUAGGUCCUUACCCUUGUUAUAAUCCUAAUUCAUCUUCUUCAUCGCAUUCAUACCCUCCUUUUACUUUUCUUACCCCUGAUCAAAAUGUUUCUUCAAACAACACCACCAACAACAAUAACAACAACAUCAAUACUUUUCUUCACGAUCCAACUAUUUCUAUUCCCUACACACAAACAACUCAUCAUCAUCAUGUUCCAAUUAAUCCUGAAACAGUAACAAAUUGGGCUGUUGCUGACUACGCCGCAAUGUUGAAACAAGAUCUAAGUGGUACUUCUCAUUAUGGUAGUAUCUCAAAUUUGCUUGCAAAGAAACCGGUUAAAAAACCGGUGAAGAAAGACCGGCACAGCAAGAUUCAUACAUCUCAAGGUUUGAGAGAUAGAAGGGUAAGACUUUCGAUUGAGAUAGCGCGAAAGUUCUUCGAUCUUCAAGACAUGUUAGGGUUUGACAAAGCUAGUAACACACUUGAAUGGCUCUUCAACAAAUCAAAAGAGGCAAUUGAAGAAUUAACUAGAAGCAAGAACAACAUAGGUUCCGGUGAUGAUGACGAUGAUCGUAGCUUCUCUUCUUCGUCUUCUGAUGAAGGAGACGAAGAAGUAAGAAAGAUGAAAAGGGCACAAAAAGAAUCUUCAAAGAUGAAAGAUUCAAAGGAAAAAUCAAGAACAAGAGCAAGGGAAAGAACAACUGAGAUGAUGAUACAAGAUUUGAAAGAAAAAUACCCUGAAAAUGUUCAAAAUCAACAAAUCCUUCAUCAAUUGAUGCCUAAUGAUGAAGAAAGUUCAAAAUCACUUCAAAGAGAUGAUAUUUUUAACUUUAUUGAGGAAUCAAUUGUGAUUAAAAGAAAGUUAAAGAAAUCUUCUCAUCAUCAUCAUCAUCAUCAACAAAACAAUUUGAUGAUCCCUAAGGAAACAAGUUUUGAUCAAAACAGUGAUUGUCAUGACUCUCCAAUGUUAUCACCAAAUUGGGAUGCUAAUAAUAACAAUUCUACUUCUGGAAGAUCCAACUUUUCUGCAAUAUCAAGAAUGAAUCUAUCAUCAGGGCUUCAAAUCUUUGGAAAAUCAUGGGAGGAUUGCAAUACAAGUCCAAAUCGAUAUUAGCUGAUAUUUUUCAGCAUAGUUACGAGAUCAGAAUGAACUAUUCUAAAAGUGCUUUUACAAGGAAUCAUUUCAUUUCAUAUGAAGACAUUUUAUUUAAGUGAUUUUUCUUCUUUUUUUUUUUUUUUUUCUGCCCUAUUUUUUUUUCACUUUAGACAAUGUCUGUUGUUCUGUACUGAAUUUUUUUUCGUUUUUGUUUUGCUCAAAGAUCAGCCAAUUGCAUGUGACAUUUUGGCUUUAAAUGAUUAAUAUGCUGCGUGUAUUAUUUCUAGCCAAUAUUUUAAUUGUGUGGCUCAUAUAUUAUAAUUAUUAUAAUAUAUAAAUAUUAUU